AUGCUGACUGCUCGGUGGGAACCUACCGUUUUCUUCUCCAGAGAGCGUUCUCCAUCUCCACUCAGAUUCCGUCGCGCACGAAAGAUCAAUCGCAUCAAGCAAAGCAACAACAACAACAACAACAUUAAUAAUAAUAAUAAUAAUAACGAUGACUACUGCUCAGACAUGAUGAUGAUGAAUCAUGACAUUGCACGCUCUUACCGGCCAUCAUCCGAUCGUUCAGUAGAUCAAGAAAGUAGCGAUGAAUUUGGACGAGUGGAUAAUAUCAGUAACAGCUAUAACAGUAGUGGUGGUAAUGAAAUUCAUCCCAGAGACAGGUUUAUUGACCUGGCCCAGGCUGCACUUGAAGAGGCGAUUUUGGAAGAAGAUCAAAAAGGAGGAGUUUUACGAGAAGUGAUCGAAGCCUUGAUUGCCAAAACAGGUGCGCCUCUUAUGGUCAAGGUGCUUUCGGAGCAAUUACGGAGUCAGGAAGUCAUCGAACGACUGGCCGAGAGUCAUGCAGAACAACAACGACGCAUGAGUGAAUCUACUACCCCUGGUGUAAAGGGCGACAUCACAACAACAACUCUCAAGGAACCGCAUCAGAAAGAUGAUGUGAUUGUCCCACUGCCGAGAUACGCACACAGUGACUCUACUCUGCUGCUUGUAUCUGAAUAUAUGUGGAGGCUAUUCCGCCUUCUCUUGCUGGCAAGUCUGGUUGGUUUGGUCUGUCAUUUGAUGAGUGCAAAACCCUAUCGAGAUCUCAUCGUACUUUAA